AUGCUACUAGGGACAAAGAAACAGAAACAAUCCGGAAAGUCACGAGGGGGAUCGCUGCUUCUGGGAACGCUUGGGCGACUUCCCGUGCAUCAGGUUGUCGAAACCAGCGCUUCCCUGCAUGAAGUAGUAGAGACCACCCAUGACGGCGAAGAUACCGAAGGAGUAGAUCCAGAUACGGACAACACCGGUGAUGUGGGUGCGGUGGUCAGAGCCACGGAACCAACCGAAGAUGGCGAAGAGGGAAGCGAGGAUAUCGACGACGAAGAUGGCACCGGCCAGCUGCCACGAAGGAAUGGAGGACCAGAAGGGACCGUUGGCACGGGUGAUGAAGAUCAGCCAGUUCUCAGUAAGGGAGACCUCAAGGAAGACAAUCUCAUCGAUAUCACCGUAGUUCUCAGUGAUACCUCCGUAGUUGUUGCCAGCAGCGAACAUGGUGGUGAGGGCAAUCCAGGUACCAAUGGCAAGGACGAAACCGAGGAGAACGGACAUACCCCAGAGCUUAGGAAGGUUCCACUUGACGGGAGUCUGGGAGUAAGGAGCGUUGUCGUAGGCAAUGGCCAGGGUAGCAAUAUCGGCGAAGAUGGCAAUGAAGACGAUGAGGUUCAGGUUCAAGCUGUUGUUGAGGAUGGCAAUCCAGAGACCGAGGAAGAUUUCCAUGUGGAGGGACAGAGCGAUACGGUAGACAACGUAGGCGUACAUGCGGUGGAAAAUCUGGCGGGAAGUCUUGAGGGCAUCAAUGAUAGCACCGAGACCAGGGGCAAGGAAGACAAUAUCGGCAGCGGAACGGGCAGCAUCGGAGGAACCUUCGACAGCAAUACCGGUAUCAGCCUUCUUCAGGGAGGGAGCAUCGUUGACACCGUCACCAGUCAUGGCAACGAGGUAACCACGCUGCUGGAGAAUCUCAACGACGGCGUACUUGUGCUGGGGGAAAACUUCAGCGAAACCAUCGGCAGCCUCAACGAAAUCGUAAACCUCGGAACCGGGCAUGUCACCACCACCACCAAGACCGAGACGCUCAGCGUUGUAGACGUUGGUACCAAGACCGAGCUGGCGGGAAGUCUCACGGGCAAUACCGACGGCGUCACCAGUCAACAUCUUGAUGGAGAGACCGAGACGCUUGGCUUCGUUGAUAGUGCGGGCAGUGUCGUGACGAGGGGGGUCAGAGCAAGGCAUGAUACCGAGAAUCUCCCAAGCACCCUCACCACGCUUGCGGGCAACACCGAGAGAACGGAAACCACGGGUGGCAAACUCAGCAACGCAGUUCUUGUAGGCUUGGUCAAUGUGCUCGGGGAUGGGGUGGUCCUCCUCGACAGUCUUGAGAACGAAGAGAGGGGCACCCUUGACGCAGAUGAUGCGCUCACCCUGGGGAGACUCAACAACAGCCUGGACCUUCUUCGAGACGGGGUCGAAGGGGUGGAACUGGAGAACCUUGUACUUGGACAGAACGCUCUUGGCACGGGGGUAGAACUUGAGGGCCUUGAGGAAAGCCUUGUCGAUAGCGUCGAUACCCUUCUUCUUGCGGGAAGCGGCCAAGCAAGCAGUGAGCAUCAGGUCAUCGGGCUCAACACCCUGGACGGUGAAGGGCUCGGAGAGAGACAGCUUGUUCUUGGUCAGGGUACCGGUCUUGUCGGAGCAGAGAAUCUCAACACCAGCAAGGGACUCAAUGGCAGAAAGCUUCUGGACGAUAGCCUGCUUCUUGGCGAGGUAGGCAGCACCGACAGCCAUGGUGGUGGUGACGACAGCGGGAAGACCAACGGGGACACCGACAAUGGUGAUACCGAGGACGAUGAGGAGGGUGGCGACAACGAGGAUCAGGAGAAUGGUACCAAUGCCGUUGAGAACCUCAGUGAAGUGACCAGUGCCACCAGCGGAAGCGGAAACGAGAGCAGCGGCACGACCGACAAAGGUGUUGUCACCAGUGGCAGUAACGACGAUGAAGGCCUCACCACGCUUGACAGCGGAGGAAGAGAAGCACUCAUCACCCUGGUGCUUGUCGACAGCGAGAGAUUCACCAGUAAGAGCGGACUGAUCGACCUGGAGGAAGGCACCCUCGGUGACGAUGCGACCGUCAGCGGGGAUAAUGGAACCAUCAUCAACCUGGAGGAUAUCACCGGGAACGACUUCGUGGGCCUCAAUCUCCUUCAGGGCACCAUCACGGAGGACAGUGGCCUUGAGAGCGAGAGUCUUCUUGAGUUCGUCGACGAUAGAACCGGCCUGGUAUUCCUGGAAGAAACCGACACAGGCGUUAAGGAGCAAGAGACCGCAAAUAACACCGAAAUCAACCCAAUCUUCGAGACCGGCAGCGAGAACAGCAGCAGCCUAAAUGAGACACGACCUGUUAGCCAAUUGAAACGCACGUAA